UGCCUACAUUUCCCAGCAUCCCUUGCGUUCCAAGCAGGAAGAACGUUCUCUCGCAGGGGCUCACACUGAUCCAAGUUAGGAGCUUUCAGCUGCCAGCCUUGGCCCAUCAUGUAAGUGCUGCGGAGAAUUCUUUGCAGUGCAUUUGCAAAAACAGUACGUCUUCUCCCGUCGUCUGCGGGGAGUGUGCAUUUGCACCGUCGCCCCGUGCACGGACACGCACGCCUCGGACGCAAAAAGGCUCCAAGUGCAUGAAGAUCGAGGCUUGUAGUUUUGCAUCUUGGUUGCAAAAAGGCAAGCCGCCGAAGCUCCAGUGCGAGGGCGAUGGAGGGAGGGAGUGAGAAAGAAGGCAAAGUCUUUUGUGCUUCCCCUCCCCCUCAUCAAAGCAAAGGGGAAAUGUCUCAGCCAAAGGGAGGUAAGAGGAAGCCGGUGCUCAAGCUCCCCAAGGAGGCGUUUGACCAGCCCCCCCCCGCCGCAGUCCCCCCCAGAGAUUUGGACUCCAAAGCUUGCGUAACAAUCGGAGAGAAGAACUUCGAGGUGAAGGCAGAUGACCUGGAGCAGAUCUGCGAGCUCGGCCGCGGAGCUUACGGCGUUGUGGACAAGAUGAGGCACGUGCCCAGUGGCCUGAUCAUGGCUGUGAAGCGGAUCCGGGCCACCGUGAACACCCAGGAGCAGAAGAGGCUGCUCAUGGACCUGGACAUCUCCAUGAGGACGGUGGACUGUUUCUACACCGUCACUUUCUACGGAGCCCUGUUCAGAGAGGGUGACGUUUGGAUCUGCAUGGAGCUGAUGGACACAUCGCUCGACAAGUUCUACAAACAGGUGAUUGAGAAAGGCAUGACCAUCCCCGAGGACAUCCUGGGAAAGAUCGCCGUCUCGAUAGUAAAAGCUUUGGAGCAUCUGCACAGCAAUCUGCAAGUCAUACACCGAGAUGUGAAGCCCUCCAACGUGCUGAUCAACACCCAGGGUCAGGUGAAGAUGUGCGACUUCGGCAUCAGCGGCUACCUGGUGGACUCGGUGGCUAAAACCAUGGACGCUGGCUGCAAACCCUACAUGGCGCCGGAGAGGAUCAACCCCGAGACCAACCAGAAGGGCUACAGCGUCAAAUCUGACAUCUGGAGUUUAGGAAUCACGAUGAUCGAGCUGGCCAUCCUGCGCUUCCCGUACGACUCGUGGGGCACGCCCUUCCAGCAGCUGAAGCAGGUGGUGGAAGAACCUUCGCCCCAGCUUCCUGCAGACCACUUCUCCCCCGACUUUGUGGACUUCAGCUCUCUGUGCUUAAAGAAAGUCUCCAAAGAGCGGCCGACGUACACAGAACUCAUGCAACAUCCCUUCUUCACCUCCCAUGAGGCCAAAGAGACCGACGUGGCCAGCUUUGUAAAAGUCAUCUUGGGGGACUGAGUUGCCACCCUUGCACAGUAGGGAGGGAAGAUCUGUAAUAAAGAACUUACAACAACAAAAAAAGUAUCAGGCCCCCCCCCCAGGCCCCUCACAAUCCCACCCUCAACCCAAACCCCCUCCCCCCUCCCCCCCUUCCUCCAGAAACAGGCGGACGGAGCCCAGAGGAGAAGCAGAACCAGGAGUUUUGUCCACGCCUGCACCUGGCUACUGUGUCCUCUGUACAUCACCCGACAUGGGAGGGUUGUUGGGGGGGGGGGGGCAAGGUGCCUCACACGUAAUCUGGAAUUAUUUAAGAUGUCUGUAUGUAACAACAACAACAACAACAACUCUCUUGGUCAGAUGUGUCCGACCGCCUGCUACGCAGACCUUUAGACAGCGAGUCGUACCUCGCGGAGUUCAGCCUGUCAUCACGGUCAGACUCACGUUGAUUUCUUUGAAGGUGAAAAGAGGUGCAGAUU